CGAUUCAACCACAUCCCCCGACCUUCACAACCCAGGCUGCUGCACGACGACGACACGAGGAGCAGCUGUGGUUUUGCUUUCAUACUUAGGAAGCAGGGCAGUCUAGCUUGGAAAUGCAUCAACAAGGCCUGGUGGUGCUUCUGGGCACCCUUGCCAGCUCUCGGGUGGCAGCUGCUGGGAGCUUGCCUCGAGGUGUCGGCCCCGAGUUCGCCAAGUUCUUCCAGACGAAAGAGACCUUCCAAUGCAUCGGGCAUCCCUCCGUCGUCCUAAAACCCUCUCAGAUCAAUGACAACAGCUGUGACUGUCCUGAUGGCUCUGAUGAGCCAGGCACUUCGGCCUGCUCCUAUCUCGACCCAUUGUCCCCCGAACAGCCCUUGCCUGGCUCCACGAGCGGGACCACCAACGUUUCGAACGCCCUGCCUGGCUUCUGGUGCGAGAACGCAGGUCACAUCGGCGCAUAUGUUCCCUUCGUGUUUGUGAACGAUGGCGUGUGCGACUACGAGAUCUGCUGCGACGGCAGCGAGGAAUAUUCACAUGCCGGAGGGGUCAAAUGCCAGAACCGCUGUGACUCCAUCGGGAAGGAGCACAGGAAGCUCGAAGAGGCUCGGAAGCAGGCCAAGGAGAAGGCCGCCAAACGCCGGAGGACCAUGUCCAAGGAGGCCAGAGAACUUCGACGCAGGGUUGAGGCUAAGAUCACAUCCCUGGAGGAGGAGAUCAAGGGCCUGCAAGCCAAGAAGGACGAGCUGGAGCAGAAGUACCAGGAGGUCGAGCGGUCCGAACGCGGAAAGGUUGUCAAGACUGAUGGCGAGGGCGGCAAAUUGGGGGUUUUGCUGGGCCUGGCCAAGGGCAGGGUCAGCGAACUACGUGACACCCUGGACAAGGUCCUCGACCAGCGCGAUUCUCUCCAGGAGCGUGUCAAGGAGCUGGAAGAGAUCCUCAAGAAGUUCAAAGAGGAGUACAACCCCAACUUCAAUGACGAGGGUGUCAAGGCCGCAGUCAAGGGCUGGGAGGACUAUGCCGCUAAGACGGCAGACGCCAAAGAACCCGAGCUCAAGGAGUCUGAAAUAGACGAGAUCUUGAAGGUGGACGGCGAGAACUCUGGCAUUAACUGGCAAGAGUUCGAGGGCGAGGAGGCGACCGAUACCGAUAUCCUCUACAGCAUCGAAGCUUACCUGCCCGAGUCUCUCCGGUCAUUCCUUCACGGGAAAUUCAACGCCCUCAGGGUGUGGUUGAUAGAGAACGGCAUCGUUGCUGAUAAUCCUUCCUCUGGCCAGGAGUCGAAGCUGGUGGUUGCUGCCCGUGAGGCUUUCCAGGCCGUCGCUGAUGAUCUGUCCAAGAAGGAGCGCACCCUCGGCGAACAGCAAGACGACCUGAAGAAGGACUACGGCACUGAUGACAUCUUCCGGGUCUUGAAGGACAAGUGUGUUGACGUUGAAAGCGGUGAAUACACCUACGAGAUUUGCUGGCUUGACAAGACCACCCAGAAGUCCAAGAAGGGCCACGGCAACACCAACAUGGGCAAGUUCACCCGCUUUGAUAUCGAGGAGGCCGACGACGAGGAGCGCCUAGACGGCAAGAGCCUGGGCAAGGGGCCGCGUACGGUGAUGCGGUAUGAGAACGGCCAGAGCUGCUGGAACGGGCCCCAACGGCGCACAGACGUCUGGCUCGGCUGCGCAGAGACGGAGGAGAUAUGGAGGGUCAGUGAAUCCGAGAAGUGUGUCUACAGGAUGGAGGUCGGCACGCCGGCUGCAUGCGAGGACGUCCACGAGCCCGGUGUCAGGUCCAAGGAUGAGUUGUAGACGGAACUCUUGACAGCAGAUAAGGGAGGCGUUUGAACUGGGUUUCUCAGCGAUCAUUAAUGUUCAUACUGAUGUAAAAACAUACCUGGGCAGGCUAGAGAUGGGGUCCGCAUAGAGAAGAUAGCGAGGGUAUCACAAUGUCACAUUUGCUAUGAAUCUUGAAAUCUGCACCGCUUCAUCAGAUGUUCACCUGCACCUGAGAUGCUCCUCAUCCCCGUACUGCUGCCAAUUUCCGCCUCUUGUCCCUCUCAGCCUGUUCCGCCAUUACCCUUUUGGUUAAGUUGGCAGCCAUGGGAUUGUUGAUAGAGGGGGCAUCAUUCUUAGUCGCCUUUUGGGCUUUUGCCGGACGGCCGUUCUCCGAGUCACCGUUGUUCGCACCGUCUGGACCGUCGCCUCCCUUCUCGCCUGCCUUGCGUUUCUUUUUCUUCUCGCUCUUGUCCUUCUUCUUACUGUGUGUCAGGCCCCUGGCGCGCAGGUCGUCCAUCCUCUUGGCGACCCUCUCCAGGUCGGCCUCCUCCGUCGGCAGUAUUGGCAAGACAUCCUGAGUCUCGAACGGCUCGCUGCACUCGGGGCAGUUAUGCUCCUGAUCUGUGAUCUCCUUGAUUGCCACCUCGGCGAAGACAUGGCCGCACGGGACAAUGUAGACAGCUUUGGUCGCGGGGCCCAGCUCUUUCAAACUGACAGGGCAUGCCCAUAUCUCCUUCUCCUUGGGCCCGGCCGGCUUGUAUCGCUUGAACCGCAGCCUAACGAUAUCCCGCAGGCUCUUGAUCCCCGUCGACGCGAAUGUCAUGUCAUGCCCAUUGGCCUGCUCCUCAUCUGCGUCGCCGCCGUCAUGGCCCGGGACCAGCCCCUUUAGUAUGGAUUCGUAGUUGUAAAGCCUGCCUUUCCAAUCUGACGCGACGUUUUCCAUGUCGAGGGGCUCUGAGGACAAGGGGUCUUGUGUCCAUGCGUGGCUGAGGGAUUCGAGGGCCGUAGCUUUCAGUUCGCUGACGGUCUGGGCCCGCGCUGCUUCCUUGACGAGUUCGCGGCGUUUCGGAAUGGAGCCGCCAUCGUUUCCCAUGAUGGGCAGGGACUUUUGUGUGUGUGUGUGUGAUUGUGGUCAAGUGGGCAAAGAUUUCGGGGAGAAAACUGUAAGGUGUUGGGCCUCGGGAGUUCAGUGGUUUUGCGAAUGGGCGCAGAAGGCUGAAAGGUGAAGUGCCUAGGUUUGCAGAUCGAGUUAAG